CCGGCGCGCACGUCGUCGACGGGAGGAGAAGGAGAGCCCCGCGCUCCCCCGUCGGGCGAGCCCGCAUGUCCGCUGCGUAGCGCAAAGCCCGCACGUGAGCGGGCAGCUAGACGAGUUCCGUUCGCGUCGAGGCUGUCGAAAACGCAAGCGAGCGCGGCAUUCGAAAUGCGGCCGCCGCGCGAGCCGCUCGUGGUCGGCCCGUCGCCGUCGAUCAACGCCUCCUCGGCGGCGCACGGGGCAGCGCGACAUGUGCGACGUCGAUGGACGCGAUAGGGGCACGAUGCCUCCCCCGGCUGCCGCGAUGAUGGCAUUGUGCGUCGUCUUACUUCACUUCUGUGUAGCCACUGGCAUCGAAGAGAAUGCGUGCAAGGACAUAUGCGAUCUCAAGGUGGACGCCAUGGUGAAGUUAUUGGGAUGCAUGCGUCAUACAGCAAAUUAUGAUGUAGGCUACAUUAUAGCGAAAUUCAUGUCCAACGACGCGUUCCUCACGAGGGCUCUUUGCGGGGCGGGCUACAACAUCGACAGCCUUCUGAGAUUGUUUUUCGCGGAUGACUUCAUGGGGGAGCUGAAGACCGCCGAGCGAAAAUGCCAGAAAGAGUUGCUGUAGCGAUUCGUGGCUCAGCACUGCUGCUUCCGUCGAUCAAGUGUAGUAGUACAUGCAUGCGCACAUCCCCUAAUGCUGCGCGCAAGUUCGCUACUGCUCAUCCACGAUGCAGCGGGGCAGGCGUCAAAUGAGAGCUCAUCGAGAGAUCGUACUGCGGAUGGAAGACUAGGUUUUCUCCUUGAAGGACAACUACGUGCCACAUUUUGAAUUAACGUUUCUCAGCAGCGACCGCGUUGAUCCGCUCGCUUUAACUGGAUGUGGUGAAACGAAGCAACGCAACGUAAACAGGGACAAGCCGGUAUUUGUAUUUAUUUUGCAGUAUAUAUGCUUGCGCUGUGUGCGGUGUCGGGCUUCUGCUUUUGUUUCUUCAUCGAGGUAGCGUAAGCCUCGGUGUUAUGCUGCUGGGAUGCAGGCCCUCCCGUAUCGACGUUUUCUUCUUUUUUUGUUUAUUUGCACAAUGACAACCCUAGGGAUACCGGCAUUUGCAAGAAAAGUACACUAUAGAGUACGUGGGUAUUGAGAGAAAUUGAGAGAGAAAAGUCUAUUUAUUAAAUAUAUAUAAAGUCGUAGCCCAAGUCCAGGGCCUCGAUGGCGUUACUCAGUGCUGCUCCGAUAAAUUCCGCCAGGUCUCAGACAGGUGGAGGCUCGAUUCAGUCAGCUAGUCAGAGAAGGGGGCCAGCGGAGUGCUUACAGUUUGCUUCAUGGCUCGUUGUUUCCGUUGAGCGCUAGGAACUGUAGGCAACAUCCGAAAGGGCACCAUUCCUUUUUUAACUUUUUCUUCAAAUAGAAGCAUACGGGCGCAGAAUUUUGUAGGAAGAACUAGCGAAAGCUGGGCAAUUAAUAAAUCCGCUGUGAGAAGUGGGCAGAUGAGAUACGUGUUGUCCCUGGUUUUCGAUAACGUUAACGGAAAAUCCUCAACCCGUCUUCGUUCGUUUGACCACACCGUGCAGAGGAAAUGCUCUUUUAUGAGGCGAGAUUCGGGCGCUCGAUCGGAAAAGCCGUAACAAUAUUUCAGUGGCAUCCGGACUGAACAGAUCGUCCUUUUACAUAGAGCGUGUUUCGUCCGCAGAAUGAUCCUAGCCGAGCAGCUACACAGCCGGAGGCCAUUUGCCGUUAACACGCACUGUCUAAAAUCUAUAUUAAAUGUCUUUUUCUUUUCUUUCUUUGUUUUUCUUUUGGCGGUCGUCAGGGUACACAUUGGGAGCGAAAAAAGUGAGCUGCGAUUUACACCGCUCACACUCACACAUAUCAUGCACUCAAUGAAGUAUCGUGCAUGAAAGAAAAGCUAAAAAAAAUGUCGCACACAAGAAGAAAGAUUCACGUUGGCCAGGAUGCGAAUCCACACAUUACCCGGCAGCGUAUACCGAACAAGCGAUUGCGAUCCAGAUGCUAUGUGGUUGCACAUUACUUUGUGCUCAGUACCAUUUCCUUGCAUACGCAUUUCUGCAGCGAAUUUGUUUAUGUGCAUAAGUUAUGUGCAAUAAAAGCUUUCUUAAUUGUU